AUAUUAUUACCUAGAAUACAAAUUCUAUUCUGCACAAUUCAAAGUAAUUGUGAAAUCGAAGAUUGCCAUGAAACAAUGGAAGUGUUACCGCUGUCGACAUGUGAUUGCUAACCAAUUUUACUGAGAUAAGGAUACAAAGUAAAUAUUUCCAAAAUGUAUCGACGAGCGACUGCACUCUCGGUAACAAAUGUACCGAGUACAAGUACAAAGUCUACGAUGCACAUACAUAAAAAAAAACUAACGGAAGAUGAAAUAGAGGAUCUACAUCACGAACCGGAAACAGUCGACCAUAUGAUAGACCUGCAAAGACUCUGCGAGAAGUAUGAUACAAAUAUAAAAACUGGUUUGACUAAUGAAAAAGCCGAAGAAGUGUUGGAAGAAUAUGGUCCAAAUGCAAUAUCGCCACCCAGAGAAACGCCCGAGUAUCUAAAAUUUAUAAAAUGCAUGUGCGGUGGCUUUGCUGGACUAUUGUGGACGUGUGCCAUGCUGUGUUUUUUGUUAUAUGCGAUCGAUACUGAGGACGAAGGCACCCAAUGGUUUGGAAUAAUCAUAGUUUCGAUAUGUAUAAUCUCAGGGUUAUUCGCAUAUUAUCAAGAGAGUAAAAAUUCAAAGGUGAUGGACUCCUUUGCCAAAAUGGUACCCACUUACGCUCUGGUUAUCAGAGAAGGCAUGAGACUGCAAAUACCAACAGAAGAAGUCGUAGUGGGUGACUUGGUGGAAAUCAGACUCGGCGACAAAGUUCCUGCCGAUAUCAGAAUUAUAAGCUGCUCAAGUUUCAGGGUUGAAAAUUCUAGCAUCACGGGCGAGAGCGAACCUGUCUCUAGGUCAGAUAAACCUACAGACCGCAAUGCAUUGGAAUCACAUAACGUAGCAUUCUUUUCAUCAUAUGCCGUCGCCGGUGAAGCAAAAGGUAUCGUUAUUGCUACCGGAGAUGACACAAUGAUCGGGCGGCUGGCAAGUCUAACGACAAACCUGAAGAAAGUUGAAACACCAAUAGCAAAAGAAAUUAGACACUUUGUUCACAUCAUCACCUUUGUUGCGAUAAUAUUUGGCUUUUUAUUUUUUAUAUUGGCCCUACUAUUGGGGUAUAAUAUUAUCAAGUCUUUCACCUAUCUAUUAGGUAUCGUGAUCGCAAAUGUCCCAGAAGUAUUACUGGUUACUGUAACGACGAGUCUAACUUUGACCGCAAAAAAAAUGGCCAGUAAAAAUUGUUUGGUAAAGAACCUAGAAGCUGUGGAAACUCUUGGAUCAACAUCGACAAUUUGUUCUGACAAGACGGGAACACUUACGCUAAAUAAGAUGACAGUAUCCCAUCUUUGGUUCGCCAAUGAGACCCAUCAGAUAGUAACUAAUCCAAAUUUGGGCGCCGAAAGAGAUUUACUAAUGGAAAAAGCGGCGUUCAAUAUAUUAGUUAAAUGUACAACGCUCUGUUUAAGAGCAGAAUUCAAUAUGAGUUCUGUGUCGGAUAGCAUCGUCUCACCUAUCGAUGACUGGAACGUUAUAGGAGAUGCUUCGGAGACUGGUAUACUAAAAUUUUGCGAGCACAUUCAUUCUACAAAAAAGUUUCGAAAUCAGUAUCCCAAAGUAGCUGAGAUACCGUUCAACUCUUCCACUAAGUACCAGAUGUCGAUACACAGGGAAGAUAAAGGUGGAUACGUAAUGAUUUUGAAAGGGGCCCCGGAGGUAAUAAUAGAAUCGUGCAGUACGAUACUAGAGAUGAGUGGAAAUUCUGGCGAGCUGACAGGUGCGGUGAAAUCAACGAUAAGAAAAGCGUGUAGCGAUUUGGGUUACCUAGGGGAGAGAGUUUUAGCAUAUUGCGAUUUACAAUUGCCGGAGAGUAAUUACGGACCUGACUACGAAUUCAUCACAAGUGAUCCAAAGCUGCAGAAUUAUCCAUCUGGUGGUUACAGAUUUCUGGGACUAGUGAGCUUGAUCGAUCCACCUAGACCGACAGUUCCAGACGCAGUGAGAAAAUGCAGAAGCGCAGGCAUCAAGGUAAUAAUGGUAACGGGUGAUCACCCCGUUACCGCAAUGGCUAUAGCUAAAAAAGUUGGAAUUAUAGGAGAAGGUCACGAAACGAAAUACGAAGCUGCUGUGCUUCGUAAUAUUUCGAUAUCUCAGUUCGAAGGCUCAGAGAGUGUGGCGAUUGUCGUCACCGGAAAUGAAUUGAGAAACAUGGAAAUGCACCAGUUGGAUGUACUCAUAAGAGAUUACGAGGAAAUAGUGUUCGCUCGGACUUCACCGCAGCAGAAGUUGCAGAUUGUUGAGAGUUGCCAGCGCCUCGGAGAGAUAGUUGCUGUCACUGGAGACGGAGUAAACGAUUCACCUGCCCUGAGAAAAGCAGAUAUUGGUGUGGCUAUGGGCAUUGCUGGAUCAGACGUUGCAAAAAAUGCAGCCGAUAUGAUAUUAAUGGACGAUAACUUUGCCUCGAUUGUAACAGGAAUUGAAGAAGGCAGACUGAUAUUCGACAACUUAAAGAAAUCCAUAGCCUAUACCCUGACUUCCAGUGUCCCCGAAAUGUUGCCCCUUUUAAGCACGAUAGCAUUUGGUAUACCGCUUCCUUUCAUCAUAGAAAUGGUUCUCUGCGUCGACAUAGGUACGGAUUUACUACCGGCAAUUGCACUGGCAUACGAAAGUCCUGAAUCUGAUAUAAUGCGACGAGCACCAAGAAACCCUCAGUAUGAUAAGCUCGUGAACAAGCGUUUAAUAUCCAUGACUUACGGACAGAUUGGAAUGAUACAAUCGCUCGCAGGGUUCUAUACCUAUUUCACUGUACUGGGAUUCUAUGGAUUUUAUCCGCAGGAUUUGAUAGGCAUUAGAGAGCGAUGGGAAUCAAAGGCGGUGAAUGAUUUGUCAGAUUCUUUUGGACAACAAUGGAAUUACGAGGACAGAAUGGCUCUGCUGCGCACGGCAAGGACAGGCUACUUUGUUUCUAUCGUAACGACUCAGAUGGUGGAUUUAAUAAUCUGCAAGACUAGGCGGAAUUCGAUCUUUCAACAGGGCAUGGGAAAUUGGUUUUUGAAUUUUUCGUUCCUGUUCGAAAUAGCGCUUACUGCAAUACUACUCUAUAUCCCUGGCACGGAAAUAAUAUUCCAAACAGUUGCUCUGGAACCAUUUUGGUACUGGCCUUCCCUACCGUUUGCCUUAUUUCUCUGGGUAUACGACGAACUGCGGAGAUUCUGCAUUCGCAAAUGGCCAGGAGGAUUUGUCGAAAAAGAAACCUAUUACUAAUUAGCUAACAACGGACUAAUUUUUCUACAAUCGUUCAAAAAUGUGAAUACAAGAGUGCCAAAUAUUAUCAAUAAAACUUAAAACAUUACGAGAGUAAAA